UGGAGUUUUGAUGUCAGUCGAUUGUCAACAUCCAGUACGAUCGGACUCAUUAGGUUAAUUUUACAAAGAUAAUUUUAUUUUAUUUUCAAAAAGUACAAUACUCAAAUUGAUAAACAAAAUGACUUCAUUCAAACAAGUACCUUUAACAUGUGGUGGCCACACAAGACCAGUCGUGCAUUUGGACUUUAGUGAUGUAACAAAAGACGGAUAUUUUUUGAUUUCGGCUUGCAAAGAUGGCAAACCUAUGUUAAGGCAAGGUGAAACUGGUGACUGGAUAGGUACAUUUGAGGGUCAUAAAGGUGCUGUGUGGGGUGUGGCUUUAACUCAAAAUGGAAACCUAGCUGCAAGUGGAGCAGCAGACUUUUCAGCAAAACUUUGGGAUGCACGUUUUGGUGAAGUUUUGCAAACAUUUGACCAUGAGCACAUAGUAAAAAGUGUUAACUUCAAUGCAGAAGACACUCUCUUACUUACGGCGAGUAAUGAAAAGCUUAUAAGGGUUUAUGAUCUUAAUAAGCCUGAAGUUGGCGCUCUAGAAAAAAUCAGCGCACACACGAGUAGUAUCAGGCAUGCUGUUUUCCUGCACAAUUCACGCAUUGUAAGCGUUAGUGAUGACCUUACUUUACGUGUAUGGGAUCGUAAUAGUGGACAGGAAGUACAAAAGGUCGAGUUCUCUUCAACACCAAACAGUCUAGAAUUAUCUAGAGAUGGCGCUGUUUUGACAGUUGCACAUGGUACAAAUGUAUCCUUCUAUUCUUCGGACACGAUGCGUCUAAUGCGGGAAGUGGCAGUUCCCACCCGAUGUUAUUCCGCGUCCUUAGCCCCGAGUCGUGCCACUUUUGUCUGUGGCGGAGAGGACCUCAAAGUAUACAAGUUUGACUACAACACCGGGACUGAACUCGAAUCGAAUAAGGGUCACUUUGGUCCCGUGCAUUGUGUGCGAUGGUCCCCAGACGGGGAAUUAUACGCUACAGGCUCUGAAGACGGGACGGUCCGUCUCUGGCAAGCCGUUCCUGGACGAGUUUACGGCCUUUGGAAGCGAAGCAGCGAUGCCGCGCCAAUUGCUAAUGGAUUUAAGGAGGUUGCUGCCAACUGACAUAGCCCAAUGGGUAACGAGGAACAAUAACGUGCAAUCGAAACGGAUCGUUUGGUUUUCGAAAAGUUGACGGUACCCCAGUGCUAGUUUUUAGUGCGGGUUGACAAUUGAGACUAACAAUUAAAAAUCAAAUUUU